AAGUCUGAUAGAAUUUGGACCAACAACCCUUCACAAAUACAAUGAAGCAUUUACAUAAGAAUCAUACAGAGCAUGAAAACACUUAGCAUGAAUGGAUAAUAACCAGAAGAGCAUCAACGAUCUUCCUCUGGAGUUGUUCCAAGCAAUCUUAUUGAGGGUGCAGGCCAAAGAUCUAUUCCGUCUCAAGUUUGUUUCUAAGCUAUGGUUUUCUCUCAUCUCCGAUUCAAACUUCGUGGAAUUACAUCUUCACCACUCUUCCGGAUUCGCCCCUUCAUUCUUCUUCAACAAGAACAAUGAGGAGGCUCGCUUGGUUGACCUACAUGCACUAUACAAUGAAGACGCUGAAAUUCUUCAUGCUGCAAUAAAAGAUGUCCCUCUCCCUUUUGGGAAUAAUAAGAAGGAACGCGACUCCUACUAUUUUGUUGUUCUUGGAUCCUGCAGAGGAUUUGUAUUCUUGCACCGUGAACCGGGUUUUAUUAUCAUAUGGAACCCAGUGACUGGAUCCUGCAAAAAAAUAUCUUACGGUUAUAGUAUUAAAAAGGAUGCGAUUCUGUAUGGUGUUGCUUAUGAUGCAUCAAAUGAUGAUUACUUGAUAGUAAUAGCUGAUAAGAGAUACCGCUUUGAUUGCUUUUCAUUGCGGACCAAUUCAUGGAUCAAAAUUGAUGCUGUAUUCCCCUUCCCCAUAUCUAUACUCAGGCAGUGUUUGUUUUACUCUCCGGGGUUGUUUUUUAAUGGAGCUAUACAUUGGAUGAUUAUUCAAGAUAGCUAUUACAAAGAUAUGCUAAUCUUCGAUGUGAAAGAAAGGAGUUUCUCAAUGAUAGCGCUGCCUGAAAAGGAACAUGUGGGGACGUUGUCUGAUCUGGUGAUAUUAGGAGAGUGUCUAGCUUUGUAUUUGUUAAGCUACAAUAAUGGCUACAAAACUAGGAUAUGGGUGAUGAAGGAAUAUAAAGUGCGGUCAUCUUGGACUCUCUAUGAGAUUCAUAACAUAUGUAUGAUUCCUCUGGCCUUAUCAUCCAAUGGCAGUGAUUUUAUUAUGCUUGAUACCAAAAGUGAUAAGAUCCACAAAUAUAAUCUUGAAGGAGAGUUGCUUCAAUGUCUUCAACACUAUUCUGAUGUGAUUCACGGUGGCUUCUUUGGAAGGUGCACUGUGUAUACAGAGAGUCUCGCCACACUCCCCAAGAAGAACUGAAGACCACUUGGGCAAAGAGUAUGUCAUGCAAGAUGCAACUAUUUUUCUUGUGAUUUUCAUCAUCUUGAUAAUUUUGCUUGCUAAUGUGUGUUUUGAUUUGAAUAUUGGAGAUGAUGAAUUUGGACUUAACAAUGUUUUAGGAAUCUAAGUUUUAAGACUUGUCUUGCUUUCUACAGUAGGCGGAUCUUUUCUUAGGCAUGUUAUUAUUCUAUUUUCAAUAAAUUGUAGGGUUGGCAAGUU